AUGGCAUUAUAUACUCCUCCUGAUAAUUCAGAUUCAUCAUCGAAUGACUCCAAAUCUUAUGGUAAAGAUAAUAAUGAUAUUAGCGAUGAUACCAAAAAACUUGAAAAGUUUUACUCUCGACCCAGUUUAGGUUUGAGAUUAUGGGGCCCUUUAGUACCAGCUUCAGAUAACCAAAAUGGGUUAUGGACAUUAAUCACUAUCCAAACUGGUAUUGGUUUAUUCUUCUUAUAUAGGUAUAGAGCACUGGGAAAACAUUAUUCUAAAAGCAUCAUAAGAGAUAUUGCUGAUGUUCCAUCUUUGAAUCGAUUUUCAACAACUCACGGUCAAAUUCCGUUGACUAAUAAUAUUUCACCUGUUAAUAAAGUCAGUACUCCGAAUUCUAAAUUGGCUUCAAAUACUAUUUUCAAAGGGAAAACGCCACUAUUUGGUAUAUCUUCCUUUAGUAAAAGAGAAAACCCUAAAGAUACUUCGUCUUCCGGCGUUGGUGAACCUAGAAAGAGCAAUUGGAAUGGGAAUGAUAAUUUUAAAUAUUCCAGUAAGUUCAUUAUUUUCAAAAGGAUACUAUAUGGCCUUACAGGUGCGAUUAUAUUAUCUCAAUCAUUAUUAGAGACUUGUAGAUUAAAAAUCCUCAAAUAUGAUCCAUGGCUUGAAGAAGCUAAAUGUGUCCGUGAAAAGAAAUUCUUUAAUGAUAUCAUAAAAUAUUAUAAUGAGGGGAUUGAUCCUACUAAAGUGAAAGUUAAAGAUUCAAUGAGCGGUAACCCUGUUUCAACUAACAUUCCAGAGGUUAAACAAAGUGUUGCUCUAGUGAGAGCCCAAAAUGAAGCAGAAAACCCAAUCAUUAAAUGGUUUGGCCCAAUUGAAUAUAAACCAAUGUCUUUUACAGAAUAUCUUGAUAGAUUAGAAUACCAUUUGGAUAUGUUUGAUUUUUUCCAAAAGAAAAGAGCUGCAAAUGCACUACUUUGGAAUUCUAUUACUCAUACUACAAAUGAUUUAGAAGAGAUUAUACGGAAAAAUGAAGCUGCUAGGAAGAAGAUAUGUAAAAAGUUUGAGAAAAAUAAGCCUAGUGCGCACCAAAAACACCUACAAGAUUUAUUACCUGAUCCUCCAUUAACAUUGUUACCACCCACACCCUCUGCUGAUGGUGAAGCAGCAUCUUCUCAAAUGUUACCGCCUACUUUGAAUAGGAACUCAAUUGUUUUGGAUCAGAGUUUACAACAUUCAAAAGAAAUAGAUUUAAAGGAAUUUUGGAGAUUACACGACCCUUGGAUGAAUUUAGGAUUAGAGACAUCUUUAAGUAUCAAAUUUAUUCCCACUGUAAUGAAAGAGAAAGGAUUAAGAGCGGAUGAUAGCAAACUGGAAACGACAGAGCUAGAUAAACUAAAAGAACUCAACAAUGAUAAUAUUAAAUAA